CCGCGUUGGAGGGGUCGGGCCUCUGCUGGAGUCGCCUGGUCUGCUGCGUGACGUGGCACACCCAGAUCCUUAAAGUCGGAGCCGGGAGCUACCGCGCCAGUUGCUAAACAGGUCUCCGCCCCGCUAGUUUUAGUGUGCGUUUCCUUGGACAGCGUCGGCCAGCGAGCCGUCUUGACUAGCCUGUUUCCCGUCAGCUCUCUUCCCCUCCGCUGUUUGUCGCUGUGUCGGGAGCGUAAAAGGCGAAGGCCCGGGGACAGGCCAGAACCCUGGCCAGAACCCUUCUUGUGCCCCUCUCAAGUGCCACUGCCACCAUGGGCCUCACCAUCUCCUCGCUCUUCUCCCGCCUCUUCGGCAAGAAGCAAAUGCGUAUUUUGAUGGUUGGAUCAGAUAAGGGUGUGGACGUGGGGAAAACGAACUCUUGGAAGCGGACAGCGCUCGGUGGCACAGGCCCUGAGUUUGAUUCGUGGUAUCCCAAAACAACAAAAACCAAACAUUUUAUUGAAGCAAUUUUUCCCCAGGGUCUUAUUUUUGUGGUAGAUAGCAAUGAUCGUGAAAGAAUUCAGGAAGCCGCAACCGUACUACAGAAUAUGCUUCAGGAAGAUGAGCUGCAGGAUGCAGUGCUGCUGCUUUUUGCAAACAAACAGGAUUUGCCAAAUGCUAUGGCCAUCAGUGAAAUGACAGAUAAGUUGGGCCUUCAGUCUCUUCGUAACAGAACAUGGUAUGUUCAAGCCACUUGUGCCACACAAGGAACGGGUCUGUAUGAAGGACUGGACUGGCUGUCAAACGAGCUUUCAAAACGUUAAGUGAAACUGGAUAUCUGACCACGGACACAUUUGAUAGAAUUGGUCUAGGCUUGUUACAACACAAUUAGUUUGCAUUUUGGUUAUUAAACAAUAUCUGGGACUGGUUUGGGCAGAACAUUACAGCCUUUACACCAUUUUGUGGCCAGUUAUUGUUUACCAAGUACAGUGUUGCC